UCAUCUAUCGCCGUCGUUGUCUCUCUUACCGGACGUUGUUUUUGUUUCCCUCCGGCGAAUUCAUCAGAGAGCGUUAUCAUUCAUGGCCACAACAAGGAGGUUAAGAGCAUUCAAGAGAUGGAUGAAAGCGAACGGAGUUGAUUGCAGCGACGCUCUCAACCUCGUUGACGACCAAAACGACGGUGUCUCUGUGAGAGCAUUAUGCGAUUUGAAAGAAGGAGAUGUCGUCGCCAAUAUCUCGAAACCUGCUUGUCUCACUAUCAAAACCAGUGGAGCUCGUGAGAUUAUCAAAUCAGCUGAUUUAGAUGGAAGUUUAGGUCUCUCUGUUGCUCUCAUGUACGAGAGAAGCUUAGGUGAAAAGUCCCCUUGGGCUGGUUAUCUUCAGUCUCUUCCUAUUCAAGAGGAUUUGCCUCUAGUUUGGUCCCUUCAAGACGUGGAUUCUCUCUUAUCUGGAACUGAGCUUCAUAAGGUUGUGAAGGAAGAUCAUGUUCUUAUAUGUGAGGAUUGGGAAGAAAACAUUUUGCCACUUACCUCUUCACUGCCUCAGAAUGUUGAUCCUGAUUCCUUUGGGAUUAAAGACUAUCUUGCUGCUAAGAGUCUAAUUGCUUCACGGUCUUUUCAGAUCGAUGACUACCAUGGAUCCGGGAUGGUUCCUCUUGCAGAUCUCUUCAAUCAUAAAACUGGGGCAGAAGACGUUCAUUUUACUGCUGAAUCAUCUCACAGUGAAUCCGAUACUGAUGAAUCUGACAAUGGUGAUGCUGUAAAUGAGGCCAAUGAUGAAGAUGAGCCUUCCAGUAAAAGUUCCUCCUCGCCUGAGCAAUCUUUUGAGGAAGUUCCUGCUGAAAUCACUGACGAAGAAGCCAACAAAGAAGAAGAAGAAGAAGAGGAGGAAGAAGAAGAAGAUGAAGAGAACUCAUCGAUGUUGCAAGAUGAUCUAUCCUGUUUAAAAAUGAUUAUGGUGAAGGAUGUUCCAGCUGGAGCUGAGGUAUUCAAUACAUACGGGUUGAUGGGGAAUGCUGCGUUACUCCACAGAUACGGAUUUACAGAGCCUGAUAAUCCCUACGAUAUAGUAAACAUAGAUUUAGAAUUAGUAACGGAAUGGAGCUCAUCCUCAUUCACAAGCCGGUACACCCGAGCUAGACUCGCCUUGUGGAGAAAACUAGGUUACACAGGAUGCGAGAGCCAAAACUCUGAAUACUUUGAGAUUUCUUCAACUGGAGAACCCCAAAGUGAGCUCUUGAUACUACUCUACAUAGUGCUCUUACCAGACGACGCAUACAACAAACUGGAUCUAGCUAUAUCAACAAAAGCAAGUCUCUCAAAAGAAGGAAAGAGAUCUUCGUCCUCCUCUUCUUACGAGAUAACAAUCGGGAAACACAAGUUCAAGCUUGGACAAAGUGGAAACGAUGUUCUUCUCACAGAAGGUGUUUGUGAAGCUCUUCUUGCUAUCGUGGAUAAGCGAGAGAGCUUAUAUGGAUCAUUGACGUCUUUGGAAGACGACAUUGGUGGACUCAAAGCUUGUUGUCUUCCAAGAGACAGGAGACUAUAUCAUUCGCUUGUGUUGCGUGUGAGUGAGAGGAAGAUUCUGAAGCAGCUCAGGAGCUACAUCCGUACAAAUGCCAAAGAGUUUUCCGGUGGAAAGCGCCGGAAGAAGGUGGUUUCAAAAUCCUAGCCACACAACCUUAACUUCCUCCCAUGGAAUUUCCUAUUUUCAUUUUUUGAAAUUUUAUCUAUUUACAUUGCAUCUGAGCAUAUUUGAACGAUUCUUUUUAAAUUCUAUUUAUCGGAAUUUUAUAAGAUAAAAAGAGAGUGUAA